AUGUCAUUUUCUGGUGCGUAUGUACUUAGGGUGCCUGCUACACUACCUGCCACUGCUGCCCCUAGUCCAUCAUCCGUGGGGCCUCCUCCUACCCCUGUAGUAGACCCUCCUCCUACCCCUGCAGUAGACCCUCCUCCUACCCCUGCAGUAGACCCUCCUCCUACUCCUGCAGUAGACCCUACUCCUACCCUUGCAGUACACCAUUCUCCUACCCCUGUAGUACAUCCUUGUCCUACCUUUGUGAUUAUAACCCCAACUCCUUCCCCUAUGCUUAUUACCCCCACUCCUUCCCCUGACCCUACUUCUAUACCUUCUUCAUCUUCUAUACCGUCUUCUGAGACUGUCACACCAUCUGCUGAUCCAGAUUCAGUUGGUGAUGGUGAAGGCGUUGACCUGCCCCUCCAUGAUCAACCAUGGAUUGAGCCAUAUGGUAAAUGGUGCAGUGGAAACCUGAACAUGAAACACAUAUACAAAAAAUUUCCACAUGAAAGCAUCCCAUCAGCUGUCAGAGAAGUUUACGGAUGCCCACAAUGCAGUGGAGCGCCCUUACUGAGUUUCCCAAUAAGUGUGCCAAAGCCUAGAGGAACAGAGCUUCUGAAAAGGGUGGCACCCUGCAUACUGGUGGGUCGAUCACGAUUCAUGAGUAUCCCAUUCACUCAUGUUCGGAAGGGCACUAAUGAAUUCGUUGAUGAAAGAUCUCGGAAGACUCAUGUUAGAUUUGAACAUGGGUCAGCUCCUACACUGGAUGAUGCGAGUAAUGCAGAAGACGACAUCCGUAGGACACAGUGCUGA